AUGGCGGCGUUCGACGCGAUCACGGAGGAGCCGCCGCCGAGCCGCCACUGGGACGAUCCGGAUUUCGAGUCCUUCCCGCCAAAACACUCCGGUUCCGUCGCUCCCUUCCGCUUCGAAUGGCUAUGGCACGAUCCCUGCGCCUCAUCACUGCUGCAGCGCCUCUCCCUCUCUCCGCCUUCCACCACCUCCCAUGCCACCAGCAGCAGCAGCUCCAGCAGCACCGAACCCAUCACUGGCAGCAACAGCAGAGUCAGUGGUGCUGAUGGUGGGGAGACCGAGGAUAAGGGGUGUGUGGCAGUGAGGCUGCUGCUGGUGGCAGCAGCACCGGCUAGCAGCGACCUAAUAGCCCAUGCUGUGGAGUCCCUGGGGAGGAGUCCUGCAUCUGCCCCUCCUUCUGACGGUGCUGACUUGGCCUCUGACGGUGCUGAUGCUGACAGUGGCAAGAAUCCUGGGCUUAGAUUGGCUGCGCGGGUUCACUACGGCAACAGCGGCGGAAGCAGCAGUGGUAGCAGCAGUGGCGUUGAUGGGGCGAGAUCAACAUCAGGACAGCACACGUCACACCUCUAUCUCACAGAGAAAGGUGGCACCGCGCUAUUGGCUGUCGGCCAUGGGCGGCUGGAAGCAGAGCGGUGCUUCGAGUGGGUGCGAGGUGUCAUGGCGCAUGUGAAACCAUCCCUGACGGUCGUGGUUUCCUCUCUGCCGGCCACCUCUCUCCCCUCACUGCCCUCUGUGCCAGCCAAACUGCAUGCCACGUCACUGGCCCCCCUUGCGGACGUGGAUGUGUGGCGGCUAGAGACAGACGCUUUCAAGGCAUCCCCGUUCGCGUCCCUCGCUCCUCUCCCCGCCAUCGCCUACCUCCCAUCUGGCAGUCUCAUCGACGGCCUCCCUGCUGCCCUCCUCUCCCAUUGUCAGCCGCGGCAGCUGCCAGCUGUCGCGCUCUCAUUCGUGGACCGCCACUGGAGCGGCAGCUCCCCAGGUACGGUGCGAGGCAUGGCUUGGGUCAUGGGGGAUAUUGUGGCAGCUUUUGCUGCUGGUGCCCCAGGGGGGGGAGGAGCAGGAGAACAGGCAGCAGCAGCAGCAGCAGCAGCAGGAGCGGAGGAGGAGGGGGGUAAGGCUAUGAGGGAAGCCCUGCUGAGAGCAGGCGCCGUGUGGGCGAAGCAGUGGUCUGCUGUGCCAGCAGGACAUGGGAACGGGGCUGCUGAGCUGUACGUGUGA